AUCUCUCUUCGAUCCCACCAACUGUUCUGUCACGUCUCGAAUGCGUCACCUCGCUCCCAAUUAUCGCCCAAUCCCAUCGAAGAUUUGGGACGUGACACGCUCUUCAGUGCUUUUGAUGCCCCUCGCGGCUCCGACAGGCUCGCUGUGCCGUCAGCUCUACUAUUUCUCGCCACACCCAUGGCCGGGUCGGGUCGGGUUGGAUUGAGUUGAGUUGGCGUGCCUCACCCAGCUGCUGAUGUUGGUGGACGAUCAUUGGAGUUACAAAUGAGCUGUGGUGGAUGAACAUGCUGCAGCUCCACUAUCAGCAAAUUCAGAAGCAGCAGCUGGCCCAGUUUUGGGCUCAGCAAACACAAGAGAUGGAGGAAGUCAAUGAUUCCAAGACUCAUCAGCUUCCACUGGCGCGCAUAAAGAAGAUCAUGAAGUCUGAUGAAGAUGUCAAGAUGAUCGCAACAGAAGCUCCAGUGCUAUUUUCUAAAGCUUGCGAGAUGUUUAUAUUGGAAUUGACGCUUCGGUCUUGGAUUCACACUGAAGAGAAUAAGAGACGGACACUACAGAGAAACGAUAUUGCUGGCGCCAUCACUAGGGGCGACAUUUUUGACUUUCUUGUAGACAUUGUUCCACGUGACGAGCUAAAGGAAGAGGAUUUGGGUGUACCAUGGUCUGGAGUUCCAGCCGAUGGCGUGCAAUAUGGAGGGAUGUACUAUCCUCCCAUGCCUGGGCAGCCAAUACAUCCAAUGAGAGCUCCUAGGAUGAUGGUCGGCCAACCAGCCGUUCCACCAAAUCCACAAAUGAUGUAUCAAUCACCACUGGUAAUUGCAGGCUUUAGAAUUCCCUUGCCAAGCUGUGCUUGCGCCAGAGCAGCAGCAGCAACCACAGCAGCAACUGUAUUAAUCUGUAGAGUAUACAAUAGCCUCUUGUACGCUUUGCGAUGAAGCAAAAGAGCUCUCGCAUCAAGUGACCAGCGUUACAUGGAGCGGAAUUCAUCGUAUUGAUGUUAUUUACUAUUAUACGGCCGGAGAAGUCACAGCAAGCAGGUGCAUCCUCGUCUUAAUGGUACUGUUGUGUUGGCAUUUUGCUUCAUUUUGAGGAUCCUGGACAACAAAGCUCUGAAGAGUGACAAAUGGUUCUUAGUGCCUCUUUUCCUAGCAGAGGUUGAAUUUGGUUUAGCACUAUAGCCCUCGUAGUGGAUAUCAUGCUAACUUUGUGAAUAUGGAGAUCAGUCCUAGUUAAGUAUUAGCGAUCGCUGGAAAUUCUCUGAAGGUUCAAGACACAGAUAUCUGUUGUCUUAGCAUCACUGUCUCUUUUCAUCGCCUUAGCUCUUUUCUUUUACAUUUCUGUAUCAGUAGUCCUUAUGGCUUCUAGUCUGCAGUUUCGGUGGGAUCAGUAUUUAACCUUAUUCUGUCAUACAUUAGAGCUCUAUUUUAGACAUCAUCUUUCAACUGAACUCACAUCAGGUGGUUGGUAUGUUCACAUAUUCUAAGUUUUAUGUACUGGUAUUCAACACAUUUGGGUGCGUGUGUUUGAAUAGAUGUGGAACGAAUUUGAAUUACCUACGCUUUA